CCUCAAUAUUUACUCCUGCUCUUACUAAACAAACAGAAGAAAUACUGAAAAAGUAUUGGAACUCAUUUAAGAUUGUCAUGAUUAAUUCAACCAAGAAAUCAGCGAGAAAUAAAAUUUUAUUUACCACUGGUAUUAGUAUUACAGCUUCUUUACCAAUGGAAGCCCUAAUUCUCAGCUCUGAAAAAUGUGAACAUGGUACAGGAAAGACAACCUUGAUUCAAAAUACCAUUUUGAAACUUGAAGAAUCAAAGAGUGUUGUUCAUUUUGAGUGUCUUUUAGAUAGUACUAAUUGCAAAGAAAUUGGUAACCCAUCUGAAUU